AUGAUGGGAUGGGAGUUCGGGGACCUGGAAGAGGGAAAGGUGAACCGGGGGCAGCUGAAUGUUAACGGGGCCACCAGGCUGCUUCUGGCUGGUGCAGAUUUCCUUCCUCUGAAAUGUGAUGCAUGUGGAGAAGUCUUCUGUAAGGACCACAUCUGCUACGAUGAGCACAGCUGUAGCUCUGCCUGCAAGACAGAUGUGCAGGCUCCUGUGUGUCCACUCUGUAAUGCACCUGUCCCUGUACAGAAGGGUGAAGUACGAGGUAUUGUGGUUGGAGCCCACAUGGAUAAGGACUGCAAAUACAAUCCAGCACAGCAAAAGAUCUUCACAAACAAGUGUUUAAAGCCAGGCUGCAAAAGGAAAGAGAGGAUGAAAGUAGUUUGUGAGCAGUGUGGAGGCAACUUCUGCAUAAAGCAUCGGCAUCCUCUGGAUCAUGACUGCAAAGCAAGCAGCCGCCCCAUCUCCAAGGCUGGAUCCACAGCUCUGAUGCGAGCCUCUCAAACUGCCUUCAAGUCAACGGGAGCAAUUGCAGUGCCAUCUAAUGGGAACCUUCAGCACAACAGAAUGGCGAAGAAGAAUAUGCAAACCAAAGAAAUGAAAGAAGAGAAAAGAAAAAAGCUAAAGCGACGUGUGACCCAAAAGGGAGAGCUGGAGUCAGAGGCCGAACCCAAGAAAAAGAAACAAAGUCUCCAGGCAGCAGAUGAAGAGGAAGAUCUUACUCCAGAGGAAAGGAGGAAAUUGGAAAGAAAAUUGAAAAAGGAGCGCAAGAAAGAAGAAAAAAAGCUGAUGAGGGAAGCUGGAAUCUCUACUAAGAAAGCAGAACCCAAGAAGCUGUCAGGAUCUGAACUGGCUCUGGCCUAUUUAACCAGCUGGUCUGAAAACCCAAAGGAAUGGAAGUUUCAAAAGACGAGGCAGACCUGGCUGCUCUCACACAUGUAUGAGAAGGAGAAGGUUCCAGAUGAGCAUUUCACCAUUUUACUGGACUAUCUGCAGGGCCUUAAGGGCAGUGCACGAGACACAACUGUGCAGAAAGCUGAAGCUCUGAUGCAGGAAUUGGAUGGAUCGGAUGCAGAAGACCCAACCGUGAUGGAGAAGUGCGAGCGCCUACGCCAAGUUCUGCAGCUGCUGUCUUGAGAGCGGUUCUGUGUCUCGGUGCUUGUCUGAUGGAAAGAAGCACUGAACAUCACGUGCAAUACUUCAAAUUCGUUGUGAAGACAUAUUUUGAUAAUGAAUCUGAAUACUGCAUUUUCUGAAUUUGUACUCGUGUUUUCAGCUACAAAUAUUUAUCAUGUUUUGAGGUGAUGAAGUCAAAACUGAGCACCAUAUAUGAUCCAUAGACAUGCUGCAUUGAUUAAAAGCAAUCUCACUGCUUAUCUUUGGAAAAAUACACCUCUCUUGUGAGUUUUUCUCCAACUCUCUGUCUAAUUACUGCUCAGUAAGAGGAGCUUUGCAGUUCUUAACAAGAAGAGCAGAGCAGCCAACAGAAAGCCUGGAGGCUCCUUACAAUGGCAGCUUGUAGCAUUAGCAUACAGUGCAGUGUUUGCUCAGCCAGCUGCAGUCUGUCACUUUCAGCUUCAGAAGUGUGUCAUUUGGAUUUGGGAAAGAUCAUUUUCAGUCUGUUGAGCACGGGUUGUAUAACACAGUUCCUUAUUAGUACUUCACGCAGUAAUCAGGAGAUACCAUCAGCUUUGUUAGUUUUCCUUGUCUAUUUCAAAGGUUUUCAGUGCUUUGCAGCAAUUGUUUAGAUACUCAGAUAAUGCACAGAUGGGAACAGCUCAGAUCUUCUGACCAUGCGUAGUGAAAUCAUCUGAUUGUACCCAAACUCACCCCAUGAUGAGAAGUGCUGCACAGCAACGCUUUGAGUGCCGCCUGCCAAUGCUGUGUUUUCAUUUUUCUCUGUAAUUGGUGUCCAAAAGAGUAAAUCUGCGUUCAUUUGCGUUGACAUGGGGCAUUUAUCUCCUAUGAAUGUGCUAAAAGUGAGGCUUUCGAGUGAGAACCAAAGACAUCAAUCACUCAAAUGUUGCAGUAUUGGCUUAUGAUUUAAUAACACAUUCAAUUCUGUGUUCUUGACCUGAUUCUUUAAUCUUCCUGCAGAUAUUGUUCAUGCUGUAUUACCAACAACUUUAUCGAAUGUGUAUUUUAGAAGAGUGGCUGUCUUUGGGAAUUACUGCUUUAAUGUGGAUGGAUGAAGGAGGGGAGAAUCUAUGGACAUGCUGGCCUAAUUUUUCAGUAAGAAGCGUUUGAGUGGAUUUGACAGCCUUCACAGUCACAGGUUAUUACAAGCUUUCAGAAGUAUGAAAUGUAUUCCUAGUAACAAAUAACUUAAGAUCUGGGCUUCUUGAAGGUGAGGUUUCCAACCAAAGAAGACCUGUUGUUAGCCCAAGCAGAAACCAAUGCUUUUUUCUCUCCAUCAGAAGAGAAGAUGAAUUCUAAGGGGUGAAGUUUUCUAAGUGUCUUGUUGGGAUUUUAUAAUUGCAUUUUGGGUGUCAGAGAAGAGUUGUUCUCGCUUCUGCUUCCUGCUCAUCUUAGGAUUUUAAUCUAGAAAUCUACAUUGCUUGAUGAUUAUAUUUAUCAGGAUUUCCUCCGUGAUGUGUUUUUUUACAUGAUGGGGUGGGUAAUUGCAGCUAUGGGAUUCCUGCAGCUGCUCAGAGCUGUGCAGGCAGACACAACCCAUCACUUCGUUCACUUUGUUCCAUCCUUUGGUCACGUAGAGUUUGCAGAUGUUAAUGUUGUUUGUAGCCUAGACUAUCUUAUGGCUGCAGACAGGGCAGAAUCGUGUCUGGGUUUCCAUGCCAUGGCUGCUGUGUUAAUAAAAAUUGAGUCCCAGGCGAGAGGUAACAGUGUGCAUGGACAGUCUGACUAAUUGUGUCUUCAUCUGCCAGCUCUGAUCGUCUUCUUGUUGGGCUAAUCUGCAUUGUGGAGCUCCAGCUGUAAGGAUCCUGUCUGAAGAGAGUGCUGAAGUCAGGGCUUCCAGGCAAAAUAAAGGAACAUUAAUUACUCAAAAUUGCUUAAAGCUGGAAUUGUGCCUCUAAUGACAGCACUAAUUACUCAGUAUCUGACAACGUGAAAAGUUCCCUUUAAUUUGACUGAUCCUGGCUGUGGGUUGUAUAUCUUGUUGGCUCUCCACUGUCUCCCCGGUUUUAAUUUGUUAUCAUCAUUGGAAUAUUACUGAGUCAAUGAAUUCUCUUCUCAUUCAGAAGGGAUAUAUUGUG